AUGCUUGACGAAAAAGCGUCGGUUUCGUCGUCCAACGAAUCGCCCCGCUACAUUGCCAACACAGUGGUAACAGAUCACUAUUCCACAAACGUGGACCCAGAAAGACUCGGAGCCAACACUGAGGUCGAUCCGUUCCACUUUAAAGGCGCAUUCAAGUCGUCUCAAGAAAUCGAUGCUCUACGUAAAAGAAAACGCGGAAGGAGACUAGCGGCAUAUCAUGCAACUCAGAAUAAUCUCAUAAAUUCGCUCCUAAAGUCAAUGGAAGCCCACACAGAGGAUGCUCGCAUCGACGAGGCUGCUGCACGGCUUCCAGUUAAAAUCGCGGUUUGGGCCAGUCUAAUUGCCAAUCUUUGUCUUUGCAUCUUGCAACUAUAUGCUGCCAUCUCUUCAUUGUCGCUUUCCCUUCUCGCAACAGCCAUCGAUGCCGUGUUUGACAUUGGGAGCAACAUACUGCUCUUCUGGCUCCACAGAAAGGCGGAAAACCUCGACAGCACCGAGUGGCCGGUUGGCGGUGCGCGUUUGGAGACCAUCGGCAAUAUUGUUUAUGGAUUCUUAAUGGGAUCCGUCAACCUGGUCGUUAUCGUGGAAUCGGCCCAGUCACUGAUCACAAAAACGAACAACGACUUGAAGCAAUUUCAUCUCCCUUCAAUACUCGCGGUGGCGGCAGCGCUAGCCGUCAAACUGCUGCUGUUUCUAUAUUGCUUCUCGUUGAGGAACAAGUCCUCUCAGGUCAGGGUUCUCUGGGAAGACCACAGGAACGAUCUGUGGAUAAACACGUUUGGUAUAUUGAUGUCGACAGGCGGAAGCAAACUACGUUGGUGGUUGGAUCCCACCGGUGCUAUCAUCAUUGCCCUCGGAGUGACUGUCUCUUGGUGCCGGACCAUUUAUUCACAGUUCGAGCUUCUUGCCGGGAAGUCUGCCUCCCACGAGUUUCUCCAACUUCUCAUCUACAAGUCGUUGACGUUCAACGAGCAAAUCAUCAAGCUAGAUACCGCCAGAGCGUACCACAGCGGUCCCGACUAUUUUGUCGAAAUUGACAUUGUAAUGGACACGCAGACCCCACUAUGGAAAGCACAUGACGUCAGCCAGGCACUCCAGGAGAAGCUCGAAGCGCUACCAAACGUUGAACGGGCAUUUGUUCAUGUUGACUACGAGACGACGCAUACGCCAGUGAGUGUUUCGUUACCAAUCUUCUUCGGGCUGGAGCGACCCUCACAGGAGCAUCGCAAACCGCCAAUACCACGCUUACGGUAG